AUAUUUGUGUUCUGUGCACACACUUUUGAGCCUUGUUUAUUGUAUGAUAUGUAAUCAGUGAUGUGGUAGUACUUAUUUGUGGUAGGAAGUAGGAACAGUUUAAAUAAACAUGUAUUUCUUGCGGGCCUUGCUCGGAUGUUUAUUGAUUUGUAUUCUAUUACUUGAAUUAGAAGCUAGCCAAACCCUAACUCCAAGGAAACGAGGUGAUAAAAAGCCUCAGGAUGAGAAAAAGUUGAAAAAACCGGCAAAAGUUCGGUUAGGGCCCCAGAAAUAUUCCAUGCUUGAAAAACUAACGGAAAAUAUAACUGCGGAGUCUAUUUUAACCAAUUAUCAAGCCUUUUAUGAAGAAACUGAUGAAUUUAACUUUGAUGGACCUGUUUUAGGAUAUGUCACACCUUGGAACAACCAUGGCUAUGAUAUAGCAAAAAUUUUUGGCAACAAGUUUACCAGUAUAAGCCCUGUGUGGCUUCAAAUAAAGAGGGAGAGAUAUUUGACUUAUAAAGUCACGGGCACUCAUGAUAUUGAUACGAAGUGGAUGGCUGAUGUCAGGAAUGCUGGAAGAGAAAGGCAAACUAAAGUUGUUCCCAGGGUACUUUUUGAUGGUUGGACUGGUGAAGACUACACUGCUUUACUAAGAAAUCCAGAUGAAGUAAAAGCAUUGGCUGAAACCUUAAUUAAAACAUGCAAAAAAUAUAAAUUUGAUGGAUAUGUUUUAGAAGUUUGGUCUCAACUUGCAGGAGCAGUAAAAUCUGAUAUUUUGGUUGGUCUUGUAAAGUCUAUAAGUAAGUUUUUCAAGCAAGAAAAUUUAGAUUUUAUUUUGGUAAUACCGCCAAUGCAUGGACAAACGAAAUUGUUUACAAAAAACGAAUAUGAUGCUCUUUAUAGCCACGUUACAGCAUUUUCUUUAAUGACUUAUGAUUUUUCAAGUCCAAAAAGACCAGGUCCAAAUGCUCCAUUGAACUGGAUAGAGGAAUCAGUUAAAUAUAUUUGCCCUGACGAGGCAAUGAGAUCUAAAAUUCUUAUGGGUAUGAAUUUCUAUGGCAAUGAUUAUAGUGUCAAUGGUGGCGAACCGAUUACAGGAAAUGAUUUUAUUAGCAUAUUGAAGUUAGUUCCCGAUAUUACUCUAACCUACAUUGCGGAUGCUGGGGAGCAUUAUUUUGAAUAUCAGGAUAAAAAAAGGGAGACACAUCUGGUAUUUUAUCCAACAUUAUACUCUAUAUAUAAAAGAUUGGAAUUAGCUCAUAAAUUACAAGUAGGUAUUUCAAUAUGGGAAAUUGGUCAAGGGCUAGACUACUUUUAUGAUUUACUGUAAUUAUUGUAAAUAUUUUGUUUUAUUUCUUUACACUGUGAGGUCAAUAAAAUUUAAGAUAUAAUUGUUAUUUUGUUGAAAAAAAUAUAUAAAAUUAACGAAGAA